AUGGAGAGCAACCAUAGUCUUACUGAAAUAUCAGUCGGUGCAAAUAAUAAUGAUAAGCUUGAAGGCACGUGUUCGACAACAAUAGAUAAUGACGAUCCGGAUGACAGAAAACUUCUUCGUAAAUUAGAUUUACAUCUCAUACCCGGUAUGACAUUACUUUAUUUACUUAAUUAUCUCGACCGAGUCAACAUCGGACAAGCUAAAUUAAAUGGUAUUACCACAUCAUUAAAUCUUUCCAGUGAGCAAUAUAAUACAUGCUUGAGUGUCGUUUACGUGACAUAUGUUGCUUUCGAAGUUCCAUCGAAUUUAAUCCUGAAGAAACUUCGGCCUAGUCGAUGGAUACCGCUGAUUAUGGUCACUUGGGGAAUCGUGACAACAUUGACUGGUCUCGUGAAUUCGUAUUACGGUCUUCUCGCUUGUCGACUUUUAUUGGGCGCACCUGAAGCAGGACUAUUCCCUGGUGCNCAAUAUAAUACAUGCUUGAGUGUCGUUUACGUGACAUAUGUUGCUUUCGAAGUUCCAUCGAAUUUAAUCCUGAAGAAACUUCGGCCUAGUCGAUGGAUACCGCUGAUUAUGGUCACUUGGGGGAUUGUGACAACAUUGACUGGUCUCGUGAAUUCGUAUUACGGUCUUCUCGCUUGUCGACUUUUAUUGGGCGCACCUGAAGCAGGACUAUUCCCUGGUGCAACGUAUUAUUUGUCAAGCUGGUACAAACGACGCGAACUUUCAUGGCGUGUUAGUAUUCUUUUCUCUGCAGCUACUCUAGCUGGUACAUUUGGAGGUAUACUUGCCUAUGGAAUUAAUCAUAUGAAUGGUAUAGGCGGUCAAGAAGGUUGGCGUUGGAUAUUUUAUAUCGAAGGAAUAGUUACAGUUGUUGUUGGAGCAUUGGCAUUCUUAUUCAUUUGUGAUUUCCCGACGAAUCGACCGAGAUUCCUUACUGAAUCGGAAUGUAAUCGUGUGAUAAACCGUCUUCGAACGGAUGCUGGACCUGGUGGAAGUGAACAUUUCAGUUGGAAACAAAUUCUUGCUGCCUUUACUGAUUGGAAAUUGUAUGUUUGGUCGUUAAAUUACAUUGGUAUUCUCGUACCACUUCUCUCCUUGUCAUUGUUCUUGCCAACGAUCGUUCAAAAUCUAGGAUUUGUCAGCUACAAAGCUCAACUUCUGACUGCUCCACCGUAUGCAUUCGCUUUUAUUACAACUGUGACAACAGCAUAUUUCUCUGAUAAGUAUGCCCGUCGUGGUAUAUUCAUCCUUUUCUGGAUAGUUAUAACUAUGAUCGGUUAUAUUAUUCUCCUUGUUGUCAAUGAUUUGGGCGCAAAAUAUUUUGCUGUCUUCCUAGCAGCUGGUGGUAUUCCACCAUGUGUCGCGACUUGUAUAACGUUUAUCUCGUGUAAUAUUAGUCCUCAAACCAAACGAGCAACCUCGUUAGCAUUUAUGAUAUCGGUGGGCAAUUGUGGUGGUAUCAUAAGUGGUCAAAUCUAUCGAACACAAGAUGCACCGCGGUUUAUUCUCGGUCAUGCCAUAAAUCUCGGCUUUUGUGUGCUUUCCAUUAUUUGCACAUGUAUUCUCAUGAUGGGUUUACGAUUAGAGAAUCGACGACGGGAUAGAGUGUAUGGCGUAGUUCAGGAUAAUCUGAUGACAAAUGCAAAUACAACUAUGGAUGUAUUUGGUCUUGGUAGUGUAGAAGAUAGGCAACGUUGGGGUUAUGAGAAUAUGUCGGAAAAAGAAAUUCGUGAUCUGGGUGAUAAACAUGCAGCAUGGCGUUAUAUUAUAUAG